AAAAAAUAAAAUUACUAAAUAAAAAUUUUUUUUUACAGAGUGGAACCAUAUAAACUACUUUUUUUUACAGAGUGGAACCUCUUAUAGUAAUCCUCAAACAAAAUGUCAAGAACCUUACUUUCCCGUCGCCUAUUUUCAACCACAGUGUCAAGACAUAACUAUGCAGCUAACUUGGUCUCUCCCCAUAACAACAUCCUCAAGUCUGUUGACCCUUCCCACAAGUUCUAUGACUUUAGAAGUGAUACCGUCACUGCCCCUACAGAUGAAAUGUUUGACCUCAUGAAGUCUGCUUCUCGUUCCGAUGAUGUCUUUCAAGAAGACAAGUCUGUCAACGACCUCCAAGACUAUAUGGCCGAAGUCACCGGUCAUGAAGCCGCUCUUUUCUGUGCCAGUGGUACCAUGACCAACCAGUUGGCUCUGAACACUCAUUUAAUUACCCCUCCUCAUACCGUCGCUUGCGACUCUCGUGCUCAUGUCUUUCUGUGGGAAGCCGGUGGUAUUGCUGUUCAUUCUCGUGCCUCUGUCUCUCCCAUCAUUGCCUCCAACGGUAUCCAUAUCACCUCAGACGAAAUCGAGUCUAACUUGAUCGGAAGAGAUAUCUAUUCUGCUCCCACUCGUGUAGUCUCACUCGAAAACACUUUAAACGGUAUGAUCUUUCCUCUCGAGGAGAUGGCCAAGGUCUCCACCAUGGCUCGUAACCGUGGUUUAGCGAUGCAUUUAGAUGGUGCCCGUCUCUGGAAUGCUUCUGAAGAAACCGGUGUCUCUCUUAAAGAAUACGGAAAACUCUUUGAUUCCAUGUCCCUUUGUCUCUCCAAGGGUGUUGGUGCUCCCAUCGGUUCUAUCGUCGUCGGUAGUGCGGAUUUUAUUGACCGUGUUCGUUACAACCGUAAACUCUUUGGUGGUGGUUGGAGACAAGCUGGUUUCAUGGCCGUCGCUGCUCAAUACGGUAUUGAUCACAUCGUCCCCACCAUGAAGGAAACCCACAAACUUGCCAAGUAUUUGGCUGAUCAACUCGUCGCUAUGGGUAUCGACCUCCAAAUCCCUUGUCACACCAGCAUGGUCUUCAUCGAUACCACACGCGCUGGUCUUCAAGUCGAACGUGAUCUCAUUCCCGCUUUGGCUGAACGUAACAUCAAGUUGGGUGGUAUGGGAAAUAAGGCUCGUAUCGUCUUGCAUCAUCAAAUCGAUCGUCAAGGUGUAGACUCUCUUUUAGAGGUCGUACGUAACGCAAUUACUUUACGUCAACAACAAGAUGAGGAUACUUUACGGCUUGCUUCAAGCGUCUCUGCCUAGAAAAAAAAAGUAUACCCCCCCCUCUCAUCUUCAUUAAGUAUCAUUUAAAAUCAUCUCAUGUACUUUACAUAUUCAGUACUUCUCACGCAUCCUCACCCCACCUUCUUAAUAUUAUCUCUUAAAUAAAUAUAAACUUUCCUAUCAAUGCA